CGGGGGCGGGCGCUUGGGAGGAGGAGCGGGAGGAGACUGACUGCCCACAGGCUUCAUAUGGAGCCGGAGAGACUGUUGCUCAGGUGACUCGCGGCUCUUGGAGGGUGCUGCCACCCGUGUGCCACCAGCUAGCUAGCGGGGUCUCAGCCACCAUGAUGCAGAAUGUUGGAUCUCAACUGCGAAAGAGCUUCGCCUCCGUGUUCUCGGGCCGUCAGUCCCGGAAGUCAACCUCCCGCACAGAGAAAACCAUGGCAGAUGGCGAGGAGUACCGGAACCCCACCGAGGUGCAGAUGAGCCAGCUGGUGCUGCCCUGCCACACCAAUCAGCGUGGCGAGCUGAGCGUCGGGCAGCUGCUCAAGUGGAUUGACACCACGGCCUGCCUGUCUGCGGAGAGGCAUGCUGGCUGUCCCUGCGUCACGGCCUCCAUGGAUGACAUCUAUUUUGAGCACACCAUUAGAGUCGGACAAGUGGUGAAUAUCAAGGCCAAGGUGAACCGGGCCUUCAACACCAGCAUGGAGGUGGGCAUCCAGGUGGCCUCCGAGGACACUUGCUCUGAGAAGCAGUGGAACGUGUGCAAGGCCUUGGCCACCUUUGUGGCCCACCGUGAGCUCUCCAAGGUGAAGCUGAAGCAGAUCUCGCCACGGACGGAGGAGGAGAAGACUGAGCACAGUGUGGCCGCCGAGCGCCGACGCAUGCGGCUGGUCUACGCGGACACCAUCAAGGACCUCCUGGCCAACUGCGCCAUGCAGUAUGAUCUGGAGAGCAGAGACUGCAGCCAUGUGGUGCCGGCCGAGAAGACGCGGGUGGAGAGUGUGGAGCUGGUUCUGCCUCCCCACGCCAAUCACCAGGGCAAUACCUUCGGGGGCCAGAUCAUGGCCUGGAUGGAGAAUGUGGCCACCAUUGCAGCCAGCCGGCUGUGUCGUGCCCACCCUACGCUGAAGGCCAUUGAGAUGUUUCACUUCCGGGGACCCUCCCAGGUUGGGGACCGCCUGGUGCUCAAGGCCAUUGUGAACAACGCCUUCAAACAUAGCAUGGAGGUGGGCGUGUGCGUGGAGGCCUACCGCCAGGAGGCCGAGGCCCAUCGGCGGCACAUCAACAGCGCCUUCAUGACCUUUGUGGUCCUGGACCCAAAUGACCAGCCCCAGAUGCUGCCCUGGAUUCGGCCCCAGCCUGGGGACGGUGAGCGGCGGUACCGAGAGGCCAGUGCCAGGAGGAAGAUCCGCCUGGACAGGAAGUACAUUGUGUCCUGCAAGCAGGAGGAGAUGCCUCUCUCUGUGCCCUGGGACCCUAGCAACCAGGUGUAUCUGAGCUACAACAACAUCUCCUCCCUGAAGAUGCUUGCGGCCAAGGACAACUGGGCGCUGUCCUCGGAGAUCAACCAGGUCGGCCUGUACACCCUGGAGGAUGACAAGUACCUCUCCUUCCACAUGGAGAUGCUGGUGAAUGUGGAUGCGGCCCACGCCUUCCUGCUACUCUCAGACCUGCGUCGGAGGCCUGAGUGGGACAAGCAUUACCGGAACGUGGAACUAGUGCAGCAGGUGGAUGAGGACGAUGCCAUCUACCAUGUCAUCAGCCCCAUUCUCGGCACUGACCCCAAGCCCCAGGACUUCGUGAUCCUGGCCUCUCGGCGGAAGCCUUGCGACCACGGGGACCCCUAUGUCAUUGCACUACGGUCAGUUACGCUGCCCACCCACCCGGAGACGCCAGAGUAUAGGCGUGGGGAGACCCUCUGCUCAGGCUUCUGCGUCUGGCGCGAAGGGGACCAGAUGACCAAGGUGUCCUACUACAACCAGGCCACCUCGGGCUUUCUCAAUUAUGUGACCACCAACGUGGCCGGCCUCUCUUUGGAGUUCUACAACACCUUCAAGGCCUGUGAGAAGUUCCUUUUGGACAACCGAAAUGAUCUGGCGCCCAGCCUCCAGACCCUCUAGGCACCGCAGCAGCUACCACACGCCCACACCACCCCGCCCAAGACACAUGUGCAGCACGCUGAGGAAGGCAGGGCGUUUAUUUCUCCCUCCUCCCCCACGGGAAGCCUGGCCCCAGGGACCUCCUGUCCAGCACCACCGGGAGGUCAGUUUCUGCCAACAUCUGCCAGCAGGUCUUCGCGAUAACUCCGGGGCAGCACGUAGUAGACCCGGGUCUUGUCCACAGCCCUGGCCGCCAGCAGCCCUUUCCGCACAGAUGUAUAGCUGCCCGCCCAAGGGCUGUGCUGCACUGUGACGGUGGCCCUGGGGGAGGCUGCCAGUAACCUGGCCACCACCCCAGCCGUGCUCUGGCCCAGAGACCCAGCAUGGAGCUGGAAGGACACAGGCUGCCAGAGGCCCUUGCUCAGCUCCAGCAUAUCCGUGAGCAGCUGCUCCUCAUAGCCAUUGCCCAGUACCUCCUGAGGCCAGCCCAGGGCCACUGUCACGUGGGGGAAAACCUCAGCCACAGCGGUGAGCAGCUCCUUGCCGGGCAUGUAGCCAGGCACUGCAAAGCUCCCAUGGGAGACUGUGGCCCCCACCCACACAGGCAGAGAGAGGCGAUUGAGGUUGGAGAGGUGGGCCAGCACGGCCAGGGCUGGCCGAAGGGCCGUGGGCUCUACUAUGUGCAAAUAGACUCCCCAGCGUCCAGGGUGUGUGGCGAGCUGCGGCAGGCACGACUCCAGCGCCAGGGCAGAGUCACGCGAGGCAUACACGAUGGGCACGGCAUCUCCAGCGCCAGACUCCUGGAGGCUGAUGUUCAGCAGGAUCAUGCCUUCUUUUCCUGGGAGAGGCGGCGGAGGCCACAAUGACUGUGCCUGCCUCUCUCAUAGCUCAGUGUGGCUAAGGGCUCAAGGGUGCUGGUCCGAAGGCCAGGAACCCCAUCCCCUUGGCAACACUGUCCUCCCCCACUUCCUAGCUGCUAUGUUCCAAGGUAACAGAGUCCCUGCCCCAAGCAAAGGAAAACCCCUGCAGAUUAUCUGGGAGCACAGGGGCUGCAGCCCUCACCUGAGAGUUGAACUGUUGCAUUGCCCCGGAUGUCAGGAACCUGCCACUCCACGCUCAGAGCGUCGCCCCCGGGGAGCUGGAGAAGGGGGAUCAGGCUGCCUCCUGUAUAGUAACUUUGCUUCCGUGUGGCGUUCACUGUGGGACCCCAAAUUGUCAUAAUGAAGCGGCUGCCGUUCACAGAGCACCUUCUGUAUGCCACAGCUAUCCACACUUCUAUCCUACAGCCAAUGGCAGAGUUGCUGGGAUUGGAACCGGUUGUAGCCAGGUUUGUCUGGUUCCCCUUCACCUGGGUGGCUCCCAGGAGAGGAAUGUUGAAUCUGAUGGGUCCAUGGCCUAACUGCAGGCUCUCCUAGGUUUGGAGUCAGGGAAUGAGGGGUUUGAACAAGGGAACAGGCAGCAUAUGGAUCAUUGGUGAGUGGGUGCAGCAGAGGGGCCGCUCUCUGAAGUGUUAGCGUAACCCACAGAGAAGCUAGGCUGCCAGGGCAGGCACAUGGGUUUGGAAUUUUCUGGGUUCCAAUCUGAGCUGUGCCACAGACAAGCUGGAUGGCUGUAUGAGUUCCUUCACUGCUCUGAACCUCCGUUUUCCCGCGUAUGGAAAUGGAAUCUCUGCUCCAUGGACAGAUGCAGCUUAGGUAGCACGCGGCACCAGGACUGGCACACGAUCGGUGCUGAGUGGUUCCUUCUCCCUACUCCACCCAGGACUUCCCCUUCCGAUGCCCCUGCAGAAUCCAGCCCACCCUCCAGACCACUCCCUACUUGCAAGCUGCUUGAACUUCGACAGGACAGGCUCGAAGAGGUCAUAGUAGAUUUGGUGGUUGGCACAGUUGUCCCGGAUGUAGAGGAGAUCGUCCACUGACACGGGGUCCGUGACACCCUGCCACAGUGUCAGGCUGUACCUGGGGCCCAGAGAGCAGGCUCAGCGUUGGCCUAGGCCCACCUGGGUGCUCAGUCCCUGUGCUCAGAAUUGGACCCUAGCUGGGUAGGAGUGGGGCCUCUGACUUCCCACCAGCCCCUUCUUCCAGAGCUACCCCCUUCCUGGGGGCAGAAGAAGCUGCAGAGGCUUUGGGGAGGAUAACUGGAAGCAGAAGCCCAGAAGGAGGGAGAGGGUGCUUCUUUUCUGUUUUAGGAAAGGGGACGGGCACAGGGGAGAGGGGAGCAGUGUGGAUGAAGGUGUGGAUGAAGGGGGAAGCCUCAGGACUCCUGUGGGGAGCUGCUGAAGGUGGGGCUGGGUAGCCGGGGCAGAGGUUGCAGGGACAAUCUGUGCAGCCCACAGCUGGCUCCCC